CUUGACAGCACAUCAGAAAUUUACAAUACGUCAAAUAAAACCACGAUGAACACUGCUCCUGUCCAAGAUUUAAACAGCAAAAACGGCAAUGGGAUAUCAGGGGACGGUGAUGCCAGCUCCAUACGAUACCCUGUGCCAUCGGCUAGGAAAUUUACACCGACAUCAAGGAAAACCAGAGACAUGAAAUCGAAACUGGAAUCGGCCCUCAAGGAGAUGAGAACGCCGAGUAAAAAGCAAGGUUCACGGGCGAGAGACAGAUCUGAAAUUUGCUCAGUAGACUCACCGGUCAGAAUACACAACCGAAAAGGUUUGAAGGCUGCCCAACACAACGAUACUAUAAAAAUUUAUUGUUCACCCAGAGAAUGUUCGCCCGGUGAAAAAUUUCCUGAAGCUGCAGCUCGGUUAGUUUUAAGGUAUUUAUUGCUGAAUUCGUGGAGAAAAUCCAGGUCACGACGUAACGAACUAUCUUCGUUGCUCGAAGCUAAAGAAUACAAGAUGAGCCAGCUCAACAUACAGAUUGACGUAUUGCAGAACUUGAGAAAAUCAGAGAGUUCACGUCGUGAAGAGAUUGCUAACAAAUACCAGGAAAUUCAGAAGGAUUUCGACGAUAUCAUCCAACAAAAUGUGGCUUUAAGAAACUACAUCGAGUGUUUAGAGAAGGAUAAAUUUGGUCUUGUAUCCGAGUUACAAAGGGUUAACGAGAAAACAAAGUAUCAACUGCAAGAAAUCGAGGAAAAAACUAAUAUCCUAAACACACUAGCACAAAGUCAACGAAGAGAUAAAGAUAAACUCCGAAAAAUCAACAAUCAACGACUGAGCCUCCAAGAACAGAAUAACAAACUCGAAAAUGUUAUUUCGAUACAAAAAGAGAAUUUAGGAAACUUGAAAUCUUGCGUCGACGCCAUGCAGAAAUCAGAAUAUGACCUGAAGUGCGAACUUGAAAAAUCUAAAAAAACUUGCGAGCAUCAUUUGGAACAGAUUCGUGUCCUAAAUUUAGAAAAAGCAAAGAAUAAAUCGUUAAUUUCUAAAUACGAGUUUGAAAAAGAUGAAAUGUCGAGAGAACUCUGCCUCCUUCAAAAAGAACUGGAACUCUCUCAGAAAAAUUGUGAUGAAUUGACCUUGAUGAAUGAGACCAUCCAAUCUGAAAUGUUACAAGUUUCCAUGAAAUUCGAAGAAGAAAGAAGGUUUUUACGUAAUUGGAUGAAAAAAGGAGCAACUUCAACAUACAGCCUGUUGAAAUAUUUCGCAGAGAAAAUUUUACCUGCUUUACAGGUUAAUUUCGCUUAUUGAUAAGUUUUCAACUCUUAUAUGAUUAUUGCUAUUUUAAUAUUUAUAUUGUUAGUUCUGAUAAAAUAGAUUUAAAAAAAUAUAU